AUGCAGCGGUUGCAUGCGAUGCGCAUGGAGCUCUUCGGGUUCGGAGGAUGGCUGACAUCUGCGCUUUGCUACGUGCUGUUCCUGGUAUGGGCGUACGUCCCUGACGCGACGUUGGAGGCCUAUGGGUUCACCUACUUCCCGUCCAAACAUUGGGCGGUGGCUGUGCCAGCCAUGCUUGUCAUGACGUACCUCUUCUCGCUCGUGCUCUACAAAGCUGUCAACCUGCUGUCGACGCCACGGCUUGGGUCGUACGCCACGGUCGUGGACACGCACACUGUGGCGCUACCUGAAGGCACGACGUGCUUUGAAGACGACACGGAAGCUACGCCUGGAAUCGGGGACAUCUCCAUCUUUGAAGUCAAUCGCCACUUGUUUGCCGCGACGCGGCAGCAAGCGAAGUACCUCAAGCAGGAGUAG